GAGAGAGAGAGAGAGAGAGAGAGAGAGAGAAAGGGGUAAUGGCGACGACGGCGAAGAAUAUGAAGGGUUUCUACAAGCAGACGAAGAGCAACAUCACCGGAGGAAUCUCCAAGUCAAAGCCCUCUUCUCGGAAAGUCUCUCCCAAACACGCGGCCACCCAGGGCUCCGAUGCUACCCAGCCGGCGGCGUUGAUUUCUCACGGCUCCCUCGAUGUCAAAGAUGGUUAUGACGAGAAGGAGGAGAUGCUUAGGCAAUUUGAUAUGAACAUGGCUUACGGUCCGUGCGUGGGUAUGACGAGAGUUGAUCGAUGGGAACGUGCACUGCGUCUUGGGAUGAAUCCUCCUAAUGAAAUCGAGAGGCUUUUGAAAACUGAGAAGGUUCAGCAGGAUUGUCUGUGGCAAGGUCGUGUCUAAAGAUUCAAUCUUUUUUUAAUCUAUGCUCCCUUGUAUUAUCCAGUGUCACUUUGCAAAACUCUCGUCUUUUGUGAAUGUUUGGUUCAGCUACUGGCUGGAUCACUCACGUUUAUGUUUUAAUCUUAAAAACCUUGGUAAUGGAAUGCAUUUUGUUGUUCAAAAGUUUCAA